AACAUCCAAAUCUAACUUCUCUGCAGCUGACUGCGUGGAGAUUGAACGCUUGAUUUUAUCAAAGCAAGGAUUCUCUGAUUCUGUUAUCAGUACUUUGAUACAGGCUAGAAAGCCUGUCACUAGAAAAAUCUAUCAUAAGAUAUGGCGUAAAUAUCUUUAUUGGUGUGAAUCCAAGGGCUACUCAUGGAGUAAAGUUAGGAUUCCUAGGAUUCUGUCUUUUCUCCAAGAAGGAUUGGAGAAAGGCCUAUCAGCUAGUUCCUUAAAGGGACAAAUUUCUGCAUUGUCAAUUUUGUUUCAUAAACGUUUGGCAGAUGUGCCAGAUGUUCAGUCUUUUUGUCAGGCUCUAACCAGAAUUAAGCCUGUAUUUAGACCAAUUACUCCUCCCUGGAGUUUGAAUUUAGUUCUUCGAGUUCUUCAAGGGUUUCCGUUUAAACCUUUACAUUCUAUAGAUAUAAAGUUAUUAUCAUGGAAAGUUCUGUUUUUGGUUGCUAUUUCUUCUGCUCGAAGAGUUUCUGAGCUUUCAGCGUUAUAGUGUGAUUCACCUUAUCUCAUAUGUCAUUCUGAUAAGGUGGUUUUACGUACCAAACCUGGUUUUCUUCCUAAGGUUGUUUCGAAUAAAAAUAUUAAUCAGGAAGUUAUUGUUCCUUCUUUGUGUCCUAAUCCUUCUUCCAAGAAGGAGCAUCUGUUACAUAACUUGGACGUGGUCCGUGCCUUAAAGUUUUACUUACAGGCAACUAAGGAUUUCUGUCAAUCAUCUUCAUUGUUCAUUGUUUAUUCUGGAAAGCGUAGGGGUCAGAAAGCUAUGGCUACCUCUCUUUCUUUUUGGUUGAGAAGUAUCAUCCGCCUGGCAUAUGAGACUGCUGGACAGCAGCCUCCUGAAAGAAUUACGGCUCAUUCUACUAGGGCUGUGGCUUCCACAGGGGCUUUUAAAAAUAAUGCAUCUGUUGAACAGAUUUGUAAGGCUGCGACUUGGUCGUCCCUUCAUACUUUUUACAAAUUUUACAAAUUUGAUACUUUUGCUUCUUCUGAGGCUGUUUUUGGGAGGAAAGUUCUUCAAGCAGGGGUGCCUUCCGUUUAGGUCUCUGUCUUGUCCCUCCCUUUCAUUCGUGUCCUGUUGCUUUGGUAGUGGUAUCCCACAAGUAAGGAUGAAAUCCGUGGACUCGUCGUAUCUUGUAGAAGAAAAGGAAAUUUAUGCUUACCUGAUAAAUUGAUUUCUUCUACGAUACGACAAGUCCACGGCCCUCCCUGUCAAAUUUAGACAGAUUCUGUUUUUUAUUAUUUAUAACUUCAGUCACCUCUGCACCUUUGAGCUUUUCCUUUCUCUUCUUAUAACUUCGGUCGAAUGACUGGGGGUGGAGGGGAAGGGAGGAGCUAUAUAUACAGCUCUGCUGUGGUGCUCUUUGCCACUUCCUGUUAGCAGGAGGAUAAUAUCCCACAAGUAAGGAUGAAAUCCGUGGACUCGUCGUAUAGUAGAAGAAAUCAAUUUAUCAGGUAAGCAUAAAUUUCCUUUUUUUCUUUGUAUACUAGAUCCAGUGGCAUACAAAAAGUCUCCUUGUUAUCCUUGUAAUUAUAUUUAAAACUUGAUAAUUUGUGUUUUCAGCCCUGAAAGGAAGAGGAGGUACAUAAAACAUCAACAAAAGCCUGAAAACAGUGUUGUAACCCCUGCAUCAGCACCUCUGCGUUCAGCAGCAAAUAAAGCCUCGUCGGCUCAGAUGAAUGGCAAAGUUGCAGAAUUAACUUCGUUAGGUCGCACAAGAAGUAACAGGAGGCAGGGGGAGCCAAAUCUUGCUUCCCAGCCAUCUACAUCUUCAACGUUUAAGCCUUUGUCUGCUAAACAUAAUAAUUCUUUGAUGCUGACAAAAUCAGUGCCAGAAAACACAAUAAAAUCUGUAAAGAGUCAAACUAUAGCAACCAACCCUCUGCAGCCAACCACCAGUACCUUAAUCAAGAAUAGUGUGUCAAAGGAAAACCCAGAGAAGGAUAAAGCAAUUAAACGCAAGAUAAAGAUCUUGAACGGUGCUCCACAAGGAAGGACUUGGGAAGAAAAAAAUGGACGUUCAGGAAAAAAUGGAAGUUCAGGAAAAAAUGGAAGUUCUCAAAAAAAUAUCACAAAAGCAGUAAAAAAAGAUGUUUCAGUACCAGAAACCAUUCAUGUAAAUGGACACAGCAAUCAACCCACCAAACCAGUAGCAAAAGGACGUCCUGGCCGUAAACCUAAGAUAAUUGUAAAUAACAAUGACAACAUUGCUAAAAAUAGUGUUCCGCCACUUAUUCCCAAGAAAAGAGGUAGAAAACCCAAAUACAUCCGAACUGAGGAGCAGCAAAACUCAUCCAAACUAAUUGUUCCAUUUACAAAGGUUAAAGAGCAACCAACCACUUCUACAGGCAACGUUCAUGUAAAGCAAGAGGUUAAGAAUGAAAAUGAGGUACCAAAAAAGCGAAGGGGUAGAAAACCAAAGGUAAAGACAGAGGCAACUAUGACAACUGCUCCUCCUGUACCACCACCAGCUGAGCCUGAACAUAUAGACCUAGGAAUUGUUAAAAUUCAAACCAGAAGCAAAUGUAAAAAGUCAGAGGAGCCAAUGGAUGAAUUGGUAGAUGUGUCUGAUGACCCAAAUCUUUCUGAAACCCAAAUGAGAACUAGAAACCAGGGAAGGAGGACUGCAUUUUACAAUGAGGAAGAUUCUGAAGAGGAGCAAAGGCAGCUACUGUUUGAAGAUACCUCUUUAACAUUUGGUACCUCUAGUAGAGGAAGGGUGCGGAAACUGACUGAAAAGGCAAAGGCAAAUUUAAUUGGCUGGUAACAAAGCAUUGUAGUUAAAAUGCUUAAAAGCAGCUUCACUAAAUACUUUACAAACUGCUCUUGUGCUGCUAUAAUAGGAGGGAAUAGACAGUGAUAAAAGUGGAAUUUAUAUUUUAGACCUUUCAUAUUUAUUAUAUAUGAAGUGGGUUUACACAUUUCACAAUUCAUAGUUGACAAACUGACAAAGACUAACAAGAUUUGCUUAAUUCAGGCAAAUAGUCUACUUACAGCAUUGUGAAAUGUGCACUAGCAACAGGGCUUUGUACAGCAAAAUGACUAUUUUUAACAAAUGAGGGUACACUAUAAUGCAGAGUUUAAAUAAUUUUAUUGAUAAUGGUAACCAUUUGGGGGUUUUGUGUUUCCUAUAUGUAUAAAUGAAAUGUUACCACAAUGUAUGCAUCCAAAACAAAAACUAGUAAUGGUAACCCUGGGCUUGUGUGUUAUCACAUACAAAGUUAUUGACAUAUCUUACAUACAUAUAUUUAUAUAUCAAUUAUAUCCACAUUGGAAGAUUUUCAUUUGUCUAAUUUUUCAGACCUUGAUUCCGCCAGUCAAUCACUAAAUCAGAGUAUUGUGCCAAAGACUGAGACUAAAGACAGUUAAAUCCUGUAAUUUCUGUCAGAACUGCGCACAAUUUUUGUGUAUAUGUAUAUAAAAAAAAAUAUAAAAGCAGGUGUAUAUUCGUCUUAAGGUAUUGUAUACUGUGCUUACUUAUCCUGUUUUGGUACUUUUGUUAUUAAGAAAAAGAAAAAGGAAUAAAAAAAAUAACCUGUGGCAGGGUACUUUUAAGAUUUUAGAAAAUGUAAACCCUAUAGAUUUAAUUGAAAUUUGUAUAUAUAUAUAUAUAUAUAUAUAUAUAUUUCAACAAUAAUUGUGAUGAUUAGUGAUAUUGAUUAUUGUAAUGAACAUGCUGCGUUUUCUUAAACAUAUAAUAAUAAUGUAUAUUUGUUCAUAUCAAGCUAAAGAAAUGUAGAGAAAACAUAAGGGACUGUAGAGAACUAUUCUCUACAACAGAAUACUUGGCAGUGUAUGCUAAUCAAUAUUGCUUUGCUAAAUUGAUUUUUUAAAGAUCUGGAAAUGAACUACUUCAUAGGAAAUCUACAGAACUACCUUUGUAUGCUCCUUGUUUACUUGCAACAUACUUAAUAGGAUAAAAUGUGUAUAUAUUAAAUGUGUGUAUAAAAGUAUGUGUAAUUAUACGCAUAGGUUUACACGCAUUACACACCUAAAAUCCUGUUCGGUUUUUUUUAAUAAAUAACAUGGGUUUUAGAUAGUAAUAUAAUUGGGGAAAAGUUUUAAAAUGUCAAGUUUUCAUUUAAUUUUAUAGGUUGGAAGUUUACUCUUCAUUACUGAAAGGUCAUUUUCCAUUUAGGCUUUUUAUGUCAAUACACAAUGCUGUUUUUUUUAUUCUGAUAAAAGUUAAUAGAAGUUGGAAGCAAAAUGUCAUUUAAGUUGUGUGCCUUGUAUUUUAUUUUAUUAUAUUUUCUGUAUGUUUAUAGUUACACAAAUUAGCUGAAUGUAUUAAACAUUGCACUGCUGUAGAAUAAAAAAGCAGUUAUUUAUUUCUUUAUAAUACACUUUGCUGUUAUAACAUUCAGAUUAUUUAUACAGUUGUGUGAUUAACACAUUGGUGAACUUUUUUUCUUAUGUUUAUUCGCAGGACUUGAUAAGUUUUAUAUCAAACAUAGGAGACUGCCAAAAAAGAAUGUCAGUUCCCCAUUUUUAUGAAUAAUUAAAGAAAAAAAUAGGGGUCAGGCAUAAAAUUGAAGGAACUUUGCCUCCCUGGCUCCUGGUAUUUGUUAUUCCUCGGUUUUGUUUUUUUUCUGAAUUUAUUUAACAGUUGAAUAAUAGUAGAAUCAUGGUAUGGAGAGAGAAAAAACACAUUCCAAAUGACUGUCCAUUUAAUUCACAUUCAUUUUCCUCUAUGGCUUUUAUAUGGUCACUUUUAUAUGCCAAAUAUUUUAGCAGGUUUCAGCAGAAAUCUCAAGAUUAAUCAUUUUAAAAAUGCAUUAUUUCUUUUUUGACUGAAGAGAAUAAGAUCACUACAUUAGGGGUACUAACCCGUAUAAAUUUCACAGGUUUCAUAGGGCAUCCUCUGUAGUUUAUUUUGUUUAUUUUUCUAUCUCUGUAUUAAGUUAAAUUAUCUGACAAAAUCCACUGACUGAAAGUUAAAACGUGAUUCUCACUAUAUUUCGCUACCCCUGCAAGCUGCAAUAUCACCCUUGUUAGCAAAGGGCUUUCUCUACAUGUUUUCUGUAGAAUUAUCCUUGUAACCACUGUAAUGCUUCUGUAUGUUUUUACACUUUUAUAUGAAAAGAAAUCCUGUAUACAAUAUAAAAAAUAUAUUUUUAAAAAAAUACAAGCUCACAUAUUGUUUUAGGAUUUAAUGCACAGAUUGUUUCUCUUUCAUACUGUAUAUUUAAUUUUUAAAUAAUGCUUUUUCCUUGUUUCGUAUUGUCAUUUAAUAGUAUAUUUGUUUAAAAAAAAAGUUUUGUAUAAUUUGAAGUAGUCUUCACAACAUAUUAACAUUCUGUUUGACUUGAAAAGUGAUGCUUUUGAAAGCAGGUCAGAUAACCUGCUGCCCAACAUGCCCUAUGUACAAUUAUUCCUGUGAAACUUACAAUUUGGGCAGACAUGCAAAUUAUUACCUUAAGUGCUGAGCCUGUUUUAUUAACAUUUAUGUGCUAUAUUUAAACAUACAUUCUUAUGAUUUUUUUCUGCUGUGAGUAAAACUUUUUUUUUUUUUUUUUGUCCCAUCAUUUUCAAAAUAAACUUACUGAUUGUGGAUCCCAAUUAGGAAAAAUACACUCCCUAUAAUGGAAGUGUUUUUCUGAUUAUAUUUUAUUUUAAUAAAUGUCAUAGCAAACAA